GAUGGGGGAGGGUGGUUUCCAGACCUAAUGUGCCCCUAAAAUAUUGACUGAAUGAAAGAGAGCUUGCCCACUAGGUCAGCAAGGACAGCGACAACCUUGGAGCGGUACGACUGGGUUUGGCUUUCCAACUCCUGGCUCCGGCUAUAGAGGGGAAGUGAUGCUACCCAAGCAUAUGCCACUUCCCAGGCUCUGCUCUUGAGGCUGAGGGUACCUCGGUGAACAAGGCUGAGUUCUUACCUGAGCAAUAGAACUGCCAUGGCACAGACAGGGAAACUGAAGGGUCCUCUUAUUUUCCAUCCCCAACCCGUGUGCACCUCUGUCAUACUUUUUGCCACAGUAGACUCUGCCAUCACUGUGUCUCCUACUCUCUUUUCCUGGAGCAAGGUCUGCUCGUGGUGAAUGCUCAGGAAGCGUGAGUGCUGCUUCUGUGUUAUCAUAGCAUUUCUGUAAGCUUGGCGUCUGGACUAUGGCACAUUCUCAGUACUGUUUGCAAAGUUGUAUUUGGGCAUGAGGAGAGUGGAACAGAGCCAGAAAUGAUGUUACACCUAAGUGUUGGAACUGGGUGGCUGGCAGUAUCUCCACAGACAGGAAAUGUGAGGAUCAAUGUUUGGGGUGGGCAGGACUUAAGAAACUGUUUUCACAUGUUUAUGCCUGUGUGGGAUAGUAUACUAGUCCAAAUAUCAUAGGCAAUUGCAUAUCUGUGUCUGGCACUGAGGGACGUGGUCUCCAUGAAAGUACAGAUUUGGCAUCAGCAGCGUAUAGGAGGUACUUGAAAUUCGUAGAGGUUUAAUUAAAAAAAAAAAAACUCGAGAAGAGGGUCUGGGGAAUGCCUGAACUGAGAGAGGAAAAGGCAGCUACUGAUAGGAUGAAAACUGAAGGGGAGGUGAGAGACAUGAGGCAGAGGAUCGGGAAUGUAGAUUAGGUGUCCGACUGUGUGGUCUGUUGUUCAGUGAUGGGAACUCAGGCUUACAUAGCACUCUUUGCCAGACAAUGUCUCAUCGAUCAUGUGACAUGGGCACUGUUUUUUGACCUUUAGACUCGUUACAAGUGAGAAAAUUUUUGUAUGUAAAGCUUCAACAAAACUUAGAAUACUGUCUGUCCAGGUGGGAGUAGGCAGUGUGGCCCUGAGCAUAGCUGUAGUAAGGUGAUGACAUUGGGUGACGCACCUUAAGAGGAUUUUGGUGGGGACAAGAUUACAACCCUGUGGUUCAGCAAGUGGUGGCGAGGUUGAUGGUGAAUAGAAAAGGAUAUAGUGACAAGAACAUCCCUUUGGUUGAGCCCCUGUCUACAGCCAGGAGCCAAUGGCCAGGAACGGGGCCAAACCCUGUGAGCUGGACCAGGAGAAAUAUGAUGCUGAUGACAAUGUGAAGAUCAUCUGCCUGGGGGACAGUGCUGUGGGCAAGUCCAAGCUCAUGGAGAGAUUUCUCAUGGAUGGAUUUCAGCCACAGCAGCUGUCCACGUAUGCCCUGACGCUGUACAAGCACACGGCCACGGUGGAUGGCAGGACUGUCCUUGUGGAUUUCUGGGACACGGCAGGCCAGGAGCGGUUCCAGAGCAUGCACGCCUCCUACUACCACAAGGCCCACGCCUGCAUCAUGGUGUUCGAUGUGCGGAGGAAAGUCACCUACAAGAACCUGAGCGCCUGGUACACGGAACUUCGGGAGUUCAGGCCUAAGAUCCCUUGCAUCGUGGUGGCCAAUAAAAUCGAUGCAGACAUAAAGGUGACCCAAAAAAGCUUCAAUUUUGCCAGGAAGUUCUCCCUGCCUCUCUACUUUGUCUCAGCUGCUGAUGGUACCAACGUCGUGAAGCUCUUCAAUGAUGCGAUUCGGUUAGCUGUGUCUUACAAACAGAACUCCAGGGACUUCAUGGAUGAAGUUUUGCAGGAGCUUGAGAACUUUGAGCUGGAGCAGAAGGAGGAGGACGUGCCAGGUCAAGAGCAGCGUGACAACACCAGGAGCCCAUCUCCUUCCUGAGCCAGAAGGAAGCCUCUCUGAGCCGACCCGUCAGGUGGAGGGAGGGCUUCCAGAAUGCACCUCCCUCCCUGGGGCACCCCUCCACUUCGGAGCCGAGAAGCUCUCCCAGGCCGUCCUUUGCUCUGCUUCCUACAAACCCGCCCACCCAUCCCACUUGCCUCUCCCUCUAAUGGCCAUGAUACCUGACCCUUCCACAGCUGUCCCCUCUCUGUACUCACCAGCAGGCACCCUCAAUAGCUGUAAGGGGUCCACACCUGGCCCUGAAGCAGAAUUGGGGGUCGGUAUCAUAGCCCUCCCCCCAGGUUAUGUGAGACAGGAGAAUCAGGGAACCUGAUUUGUGUGUCUCUUGAAGAUAAGGAAAUUUAGGUGUGGUUUUUUUCCUCCCAGAAUGAACCUCAGGGCCUGCUUACUGCAUUUCCACCAAGGGAGUGAUUUCCAAUCCCUGACUACCCCUAUUGCCUUCCCUGAAAAAUUUGGGAGGCCUCCAUCCUUUUUCUUCUCUUCCAAACAACUUCUUUAAAAAAAUGGUUUUGAGCAGACAGCUAUUCAUUCCACUGGUUUUCCAGGAGCCCUUCUAGGUACUGCCUGCAUGUUGGGGAGCAGUGAGGCUGAGACCUAGGGCUGCCAUUAAAUCCAAUGAAAGCAGAUUAUAGGUCUAGCCAUGCUUAGUAAUACACAAGUGUCACUGUUGGUAAACAUCAAUGGGCUAUAUCACAGGGCACACCAUUUGGAUUCUAAGAAAUUAAGAAGAGCUUCCUCUAAAACCCCCAUUUCAGCACAUGAGCCCUCCCUUCAUUUUUUGGAGGGUGAGUGUGGACACUGCCCUCUCUGGUGGCAAGGCCCAGCUGUCUUGUCUACUCCCAGAUCCAGUACUUGUGCCUCACUAGCAGGAUUUCAUGAUUGUCCUCUGCAGCAUUUCCAUUGUUCUAUUUAUUGUUUCUAUUUUACAGUAAAGGUUAAAUUACAUAAA